UACAAAAAAAAUAAAGUGGUUUAUGUACCCUUUUGAAUUAAAUUGAUAUUUUUUUCGAUGCCAUCUUUAGUAGUCACUAACUUAUUUUACACAAUGCUAAAUAAUUUGAAGGUACUAAAAUCCACCCAUUUGAUAAGGUACUGGAGUAAUAUCCAUGACGGGAGUCCUGUAUAAUCAUUAACCACAUUUCUUCUAAAUUGAAUGCAGUUUGAGGGUGAUGGUCCUACCCAUGGGCUAAUUAGUCGCAAAUUAAAGCAAUGCCGUGUUGUCGUGCAUGUUGGUGCAGUGAAUGGGGACGUUAGUUGACUUGACUGAGCCUUAGUUGACUUGUAAUGAAGUGUGGUUCGUGAGUACUUACAUUACUUAAUAAGUUGGGUUUCAUAUCAGACAUCUCUGCAGUAGUGCAGUCUGCACAUUUCUCUGAUUGAUUGCAUUCAUCAAAAAAUAAUAAUAAUGCAGUACUCUUUUCUUUCUAGUAAUUUUUAUGGCCCGGUCCUCCUCCUCAUUAUUUCUUGUGUGAUCAUGAUUAUGGAGACUCAAUCUGUGUCUGCAUCAUCACAGCUUCAGCUGGAAGCAAAUGCUAUAUUGAACAGUGGAUGGUGGGACACUUCUGUUCCAGGCAUCAAUAUCUCCCGUCGCUGUCAGUGGUAUGACAUCACUUGCAACAAGGCUGGAAGCAUAACAGAAAUCAACUAUUGGGCUUAUUAUCCUGAAGUCGAGAUUCAUUUCGCAAAAUUCAACCUCACUGCUUUCCGGAAUUUAGAAAGUCUUGAUGUUAGGGGAAGUAAUCUGCGAGGGAGUAUCCCACCACAAAUUGGUAUUCUCUCCAAACUCACUUAUCUUGUUAUGUCCUCCAAUUCUCUUGAAGGCUCCAUUCCUUGGGAGUUAGGUUCCCUCAAAAAUCUAGAAUCAACGGGACCAUGCCUGCUUCCUGUUGGGACCGGUGCGAGACGAGGAACAUAAAGGUGGCAAAGAUUUUACGUGGUUCGGCCUGAAUGCCUACGUCCACGGAGGAGGAACACUGUAUUCUCAUUAAUACAAACAUUACAAUCACUCAACUCUCUAUCUCUGGCCUCACACACACUCAGAGCUCUCAUACAAUUGCUCUCACAACCUCACCACACUCUGGUGCCUAGAGGCACCCUCUGGUGCUCUCUCACUGGCACACUCUGGUGCACUACACUUGCACUUGCACUUGCACAAUUUCCUUCUUCAUCAGCACCUCCAUUUAUAAGGCUUCAUGAGCAGCAAGGUCCAAAGGGUUGGUGGUAGUUGCUGAAAUCUUGACUUUGGUGUCAUGGACGGUGGCCACCAUUGUUGACAAUCUCAAUGGUUGUGUGAACUGAUUUGGCCUCCAUUUCUGACCACCUUGGUUGGGAGGGAUAUCUUCCAACAAUCUCCCCUUCCAUACCAACCAAGAGAGUGACAUACUGGCUAUGCUUCUGCACAGCUCUGAGCUUCUUCACGAGGGACUGUCUUCACGUCUUCAUCUGGAUUCUCCUUCUAUGAUGAACCUUAGCUCUUGAAGAAAACCUGCUUCAACCACAACAUCUCUUUUCCAGCUUCUGCAUCAGCCGAUGCUUAGCUUCAGUUAAUGGUAAGCUUGCAAUCUUGACUACAUGACAAAGCUCCCCCUGAUUUAGAUUUUCUACCAUCAGGUUCUCUAGCUAGAUCAUCUCUCCAAAGCACGUCUUUGGUGUACCCUCCUGGUACAUGAGAAUCGAUGCCACUGCUUCGUAAUGCUGAACAAUAAGGGACUACUCCAUACAUUCUAGUAGGAGACUUACCCACAUCUGUACUUGUACCGCCGUUGCACAUCAACGGGUCACGCCGCUUGGCUAUCACAUUGCCAAGAAGACUUUCGACACAAGGAGCCGUUACACCAUGGUCGCACUAACCAUCGGCUCUCUUCAGCUUGUAUGCAGUUCAUUAGGUAUGGUUCCCAGGAAAGAGAGGUGAGUCACAACGGACUACUUAAGUACCAAGUCUUUCCUAGCCAGAACCUUUUCCUGAGACUUCAGAACCCUCUGAUUGCUCAUGUUCCUCCUUGAGGUAUCACUGUGAAGAACGCCAUCUUCACCAUCAUAUGUUCAAGCUCUCCCUUAAACCGGCUACCAAUCCAAGUCUCUCUCGGAUUGAGGUCAUCAUCUCUACCGGCGAGAAUAUCACGUCAACUCUUUUGACAAUCAAGCAGGCAUUACACUUCAUCUGCUUGUCUUCCUCAUUCUCUUUAACUUGAACAUUUAUGUGUUCCUCGGUGCUUUCCUUUGUAAGCUUUACUACACCAUGCGUAUUUCUCUCCUGCAAGGAAAUCUUCAUCUGCGCGCAUGAGAAGCUUCUACAAGGACUCUCAGGCUCCCUCAUAUCUCUUCAGGCUGACUCCGGAUACCUCUACACGGAAUCACCAAGAAAAUUCUGCUGAGACUUUUUAACUACAAGAAGAUCACCAUCAUCACCUUGAUGGUUGUUAUGCAGCUUCUGGUGGAGCUCUCCUUGCUCAACACCUUUGCAUCUACCGGAAGAUCACCAUCAUCACCUUGAUGGGGUUAUGCAGCUUCUGGUGGAGCUCUCCUUGCUCAACACCUUUUGCAUCUACAGGAAGAUCACCAUCAUCACCUUGAUGGGGUUAUGCAGCUUCUGGUGGAGCUCUCCUUGCUCAACACCUUUGCAUUCCAAGGAUCUUCUUCGCUGCUCCUCCUUGCACUCUUUUCAGUAUCUGUGGCAAACUGAAAAUGGCAUAGGAAUCUCUCUUAGCACCUCAACCUGGCUUUCUGGAUCAACUGAAGCAUCUGAUGUUGGAACACGACAUUUGUUGAUGACCAUCUUGGCUUCAGGAUCCCUGUAUCCGCUACAUCAUCUCUGUGUGCAUGCCUUCUACACAGAGGAACUUAAUAUCAAGUAUACGCCCCUAAUUCUUGGAUACACGUGCAAACCUUUGCACCUUCUUGUGGCCUGAGCUCACCAUCCAGGGGCUUCACACUUUCGGACGGUGGUCUUGGUAACAAAAUUCACAAACUGCUUCACCUCUGUAUGAUCUAGGCAACCUUGCUCAUGCCCGAUCCACUUCUGGAAAUAGCUCACAAUGGUCAGGUAUUCUCCUUAUACCAUUGCGUUGUGGAGUGGAGGAAUUCUACCUCUUCAAAUGUUACACUCACACACACAUGAAGCACUAUCAUUGUUACCACAUCCCUCUAAGGCCUACAACAAUCAGAGUGUACCAGGUUUUGACACCUCUGAUUUUACAGAUGGACUGAGACUCCAGAAAUAAAAAUUACAAGGAUUGACAAAUUUCAACAACCCUACUCCCCAUGUGACUCUGAGUCUCUCGUGCCACAGAUUCUGCGAUGGCUCAUAUCCUCACCGCAUCUCAUCACAUGGGGUCCACGUGCCACCUUUUGUCGCGUCGGCACCGAGUGGGAGUUUAACAAAAUUCCACCACUCUGUCUCGUUUUCUCCGCUGGCCUCCUGCCUCUUUCACCGAUCGGAUCCACCUGAUCCUCAUCGCAGAUCAUUCAAAACAAGCCUCUAUGUUGUCGUCACCUUGUCAACGCUCUGGAUUCUGAAUCCUCAAAUGAUUCAGCCUCAAUCUACACCUCCAGUGUAACUUUUCUCACUGUACAGAGCGGAAUCACAACAAAUGAGAACCACCAUUGAGUCCAGAAUGGUCCUAAAUCCUUAGGACAUAUCCUGUCUGACUCAAAAUGGAUAUAAUAAGCUUUGACCUGAUCAUUCACGAAAAUAGGAGCGGAAUUUCAGCAAACGGACACCACCGUUGCAUCCGGGACGGUCGAAAACCUUAGGAUCGACUAUUCAUGGGCUCAAAACGGUCAAAAAUAGCCCAAAAUAACCCAAAAACACGUUCUGCCAUUAUGCAAAAACACAAUCUCAAUGGUUGUGUGAACUGAUUUGGCCUCCAUUUCUGACCACCUUGGUUGGGAGGGAUAUCUUCCAACACUUCCCUUGCAAAUCUCACUCAAUUAGAAUAUCUUGACAUGUCCUACAACGUACUAGUUGGUUCACUUCCUUCUUAUUUUGGCCAAUUAACCAACUUGCAAUGGUUGCAACUAGGUAGCAACUUGGAACACCUUGACAUUUCCAACAAUCGACUGGUUGGUUCACUUCCUUCUUAUUUUGGCCAAUUAACCAACUUGCGAUGGUUGCAACUAGGUAGCAACUCUAUCAAUGGGACAUUGCCUACUUCACUUUCAAAUCUCACCCUGUUGGAACACCUUGACAUUUCCAACAAUCUACUAGUUGGUUCACUUCCUUCUUAUUUUGGCCAAUUAACCAACUUACUCUAUUUGGACCUAAGCUGCAAUAACCUUACUGGAACAAUUCCUCGAUUGCCCUAUAUUCUUGAAUAUGUGAACAUGUCCUACAAUUAUUUGAAGGGUCCCAUUCCAGAUAGUAUCUCUCCUUAUGCUCUAAAAGGGAACAAGGAUGUUUGUACUGACAUUUUUUACUACCAAAAGGGAUUCCAAAUGAAACCUUGUCCACCUCACAAUCAGACAAUGCACAUUCUACGCAUAGUUCUUCCAAUCCUCGGUGCUUUAAUCUUGGCCUUCUCACUACUCAUGUGUCUUACGCAUCAUAUCACUGCAAUUAAGAACAAACAUGCACACACUACCACAACUAAGAAUGGGGAUGAGUUUUGCAUUUGGAAUUAUGAUGGCAAUAUGGCAUAUGAAGACAUCAUUAGAGGAACAGAAGACUUUGACUUCAGAUAUUGCAUUGGAACAGGAGCAUAUGGGAGUGUUUAUAAGGCACAGCUACCUAGUGGCAAGGUUGUUGCCUUGAAGAAGCUCCAUGGUUUCGAAGCUGAGGUGCCAGCUUUAGAUGCGAGUUUUAGAAAUGAAAUCAAGGUAUUAUCAGAAAUAAAGCAUCGACAUAUUGUGAAGCUUUAUGGAUUCUGCUUGCACAGAAGAAUCAUGUUUUUAAUCUAUCAAUACAUGGAGAGAGGAAGCUUGUUUUCUGUCUUGUAUGAUGACGCGGAAGCAAUGGAAUUGGAUUGGAAAAAGAGGGCUGACAUUGUUAAAGGUGUUGCUCAUGCUUUGUCAUAUCUUCAUCAUGACUGCAUCCCUCCAAUAGUUCAUAGAGACAUAUCUUCCAGCAAUAUCUUACUUAACACAGAGUGGCAGCCUAGUGUUUCUGACUUUGGCACAGCCCGAAUCCUCCAGCAUGAUUCAUCCAAUCGAACUAUAGUUGCUGGAACCAUUGGAUAUAUAGCUCCAGAGCUUGCAUACACUAUGGUUGUGAGUGAAAAGUGUGAUGUUUAUAGCUUUGGAGUUGUGGCACUUGAAACUUUAGUGGGAAGCCAUCCUAAGGAAAUACUGUCAUCACUUCAAUCAGCAUCAACUGAAGACAUCAAAUUAUGUGAAAUAUUGGACCCGCGCCUUCUGUUUCCAGGCAGGGCUGUUUUGCUUGACAUACUUCAGGUUGCAAUAGUGACAUUAUCAUGCUUAAAUCCAAAUCCUUGCUCGAGACCAACAAUGAAAUGUGUGUCUCAAUACUUCCUCAGACCACUAGCACCACUACACAUUUCUGCCCGUGAAAUUUCACUGCACCAGCUCAUGAGUCAAGAACUCAGCAUGACUUAAAACUCUGAACCCUUGAAAUUGAAACUUCAAACUGAUGUUGGUGUUAUCAGAAUUUAGUGCAAACUUAUGACCAGGUUUAUCUAAUUAUUAUGUUGCUUCAUAAAGUUAUAUUUAUCACUUAUGUAUCAUUGGUAAACACUCCAUUGGGAUUAGUAUCACCAGAUCAUUUGUGUAUUCAUGUGUUGGACAAAACUGUUCAGAAUGUUUGUUUGAUGAUUUCUCUCAAAGACUAGACAAAAUUUGAACUGAUGGAAUGAAUCUAGUUUAUCCUCUAAUGGAGGUGAAUGACUCAAAAAUGGAACAACUAGAUGUAAUUUUCUAAUUUCAAGGCUCUAUUACCAUUCAGGAUUUUGUGAACGA